AUGUCCCAAUCUUGGGUCAGUCCUGGCGUAGCGUAUCUCGCACGGGGCUUGCUUUCCAUCGUUGCUCCGGCCGCUUCCUCAGUCAUUAUCGUAGCACGCCUGGCCUCCCUAAAAGGCGUACGAGUUUCUCCAUGGCUUAUAUCUGCGGUGGUUUUGGGUGCUGCGCCUCUCGGGUUCGUGGCGUACGUUCUUGUGGAUGGGAGAUCGCAACAACGAAAGGCCAAUCGACUCGGUGCAAGACUUGUUCCUCGUGUCCGGGGUAAAUGGCCUGGAAAUCUCGACACGGUAGUGAAUAUGGUCCUGAGGAACGAGAAUGAAUACCUAGGACGACCUAUAGAGGACGAGAUCAAGGUACUCGGGCCGACUAUCAAUCUUCGUUUUUUUUGGGAGGACCUUAUCGUGACCACGGAACCACAACACAUCAAGGCAAGUUUCGAUACCAUUCUCGCAACUGACUUCGAUAACUAUGUCAAAGGUACCAAGUUCAGAGAAGCAGCCGACUCUGUCCUUGGAACGGGCGUAUUUAAUUCAGAUGGUGAAAUCUGGAAGCUUCACCGAACCAUGACAAGGCCAUUCUUCACUCAUGAUCGGAUAAGUCACUUUGACAUCUUUGACCGUCAUGCGGAUCAUGCUAUCGCUUUGGCCAAGGAACGUUUCAGAGCGGGCUUGGCAGUGGACUUCCAAGAUCUCAUCUCUAGAUUUACACUUGACUCUGCAUCGGAGUUCCUAUUUGGACACUGUAUCGAUUCGCUUUCCGCUGGACUCCCUUACCCUCAUAACGCAACAGAAUCCACAAAUACUAACCAAGGAGACAACGCUGCCGCCGCCUUCGCAUAUGCUUUCUCUCAAGCUCAACAGGGAAUAAAUCGGCGUGUUUCUACCGGGCAGACCUGGCCACUCACUGAGAUUCUUGCUGACAGCACCGCGCAACAUAUGAAAGUGGUAGAUGCAUUUUUAGAUCCGAUUCUCAAAGACGCUCUGGAGAAGCAUAGCACGGCUGUCGAGUUUAACAAAAAUGAAUUCGCAGACGACCAAACUCUUGUGGACCAUCUCGUAAAUUUGACGUCAGACUUCAAAAUCAUCAAAGAUGAGACAUUAAAUAUAUUACUGGCCGGAAGAGAUACGACGGCCUCAACAUUAACAUCAGCUGUUUAUUUGUUGGCAAUGCAUCCGGAGUUCCUCACUCGACUCAGGGAAGAAAUCAUAUCGAAGGUUGGGCUGACUCGCAGACCCACAUAUGAUGAUAUCAAAGAGAUGAAGUAUCUCAGAGCGGUCCUCAAUGAAACACUGCGCCUUUUUCCUGCUGUCCCCUUUGAUGUGAGGGAAAACGUACAUGAGACCACAUGGAUAUCCCCUGAACAUGGGAAGAAGCCACUGUUUAUCCCCCAGGGGACCAUGCUCUACUAUUCAGUGUUCCUUAUGCACCGGAGAACUGAUCUGUGGGGACCAGACGCAUUGGAGUUCGAUCCGGAUAGAUGGCUCGACGAGCGCGUGAAGAAAUACCUGAUUCCCAAUCCCUUCAUUUUCCUGCCAUUUAACGCGGGACCCAGAAUUUGCUUAGGGCAACAAUUUGCAUACAACGAAAUGUCGUUCAUGAUCAUUCGUUUACUGCAAAACUUUUUCAAGAUUACACUAUCACCCGAGCCGGCGAUGCGCCCACCUGCGUGGUGGGCUGAGAAAGACGGUCGGCAGGCUAUCGAGCAAUUCAGGCCGAGAAACCACUUGACACUUUAUGCCAUGGCAAGUCUUACUCCGAGAUACUUUACAAUUAUCUAA